ACCCAUUAUGGCGACGACUGAGGAGGAGUUUCGAUGAUUACAUAUUUACAUGCUAAACAUGUGAUGUUAACUGAAAAGAAGUAGAAAAACAUGAACCGACAUCAGGUCCUAACGGGUGCAUGUAAUCCUGGUGAUCAGUGCUACGCUGUAGGAAGCGUUGAAGGCAUACAUUUCACGGCCUAUGCUGCUGGAUGUGAUAUAGUUAUACUCGCCAGUGAUUUCCAGAGAGUACAGAUAAUUCCUGGUGUAACCCAUGGCAACAUAAAGGUCAACUGUAUAGAUUGUUCUACAGAUUCAGGGAAGAUUGCAGCAUCAUAUAAAAGUAAAGUGUACAUUUUUGAACCAACACCAUUAUUACACCAUGAAAGUACACAUAAAUUGGACUAUCAGUGGUAUCAGACAGCAUUGUUUGAAGCAGAAAGUUUGAUUAACUGUCUAAGCUGGAAUCUUGAAGGAUCACGUCUUCUGACAGGAGGGGAUGUUAUCCAGAUAUGGCACCUGGAUCAUGAGCAACAUGAUGAAGAAAACAAGAGCGUAAAGUUUUCUGUAGGAGACCAUGAGGAGGAGGGGAAGGUACACCAUCCUUAUGAUGAGGAUUCACUUCCAGUGUGGGACUGCAUCUGGAGUAUCAAACCAGCUUCUCCUGUUUAUUUCCUGAAGUACUCCCAUGAUGGACUGUUGUUUGCCUCUGCUGGACAGAAUGAUCGUCUAGUGAAGAUUUGGUAUGAGGACAGAAAAAUAUCUUUUCCAUCAGCCUUAUCAAGAGGGGACAGUUUAAUAAGUCCUAAGAAAGAAGAGCUACAUUAUUCCUUUGUAUAUGUGGCACACCCUAGGACCGUUACAGGAUUUUCUUGGAGAAAAACUAGCAAAUUUAUGCCGAGGGGAUCUGUAGCUAACAUGCUAGUAUCGUCUUGUGCUGACAACGUCUGUCGACUAUGGAUAGAGACAGUGCUCCCAGAUGAUGGAUUAGUGGAUUUAGAACAGUUUGAUCCUAGUGCAUCAUUUGAUCCUAAAUAUCAUACACACAGACAUAAGAAACGUUUCAUGCAAAGAUUGAAAACCAUCAGACAUGCGAUUCACAAGAGAAGAAAGCACCAUAAGUUUGGACCAGAAACAGUAAUGAGUGUACCACAUUUAGACAGUAUGGGUACUUCUCUAAGUGUCCAUGACUUUCAUAAGUUUGCCAUUCAUCAGAAUGGAGUAUGUCCUACUCUUCAUUUCCAUUUGGCAGGCAGUAUUAACCCAGAAACAGAUAUACCACUUUUACCAGUAGUCAAUACAGAUGGUGAUGUCCAACACAACUUUCAGCUUCACUGGUUGAACAACAAAGAAUUGCAGUUUACUAUGGAGGCUGAAACCAUACUCCAGGAAAUGCAUAAAGGCACGAUGUAUGAGGGACAGAUGGAUAAUCCUGACUUUAAUAUUGGAUCAGAUAGUGAUCCUUAUUCAGGUCAUGACCUAGAUGACCAGGUCGAUAUGGAUGUUCAUGCAAAGAAGAAAAAGAAAAAACAUUCUAAAAAGAAACAUAAACUGAGGAAGGAAGAAUUAAAACUAGGAAAUGAUUGUGAGAGCCAAAGCAGUAUACAGUCUAAUGAUGGCUCGGACGGAACAGGAAGUACUCCUACGUCACCUGAGGUAUCAGGUUCAGUGAUAGAUGCUUUAGAUAGGAAAAUAGAAGGACUACUGAGAGACUGGCACCAAAGUCCUGAUAUGCUGUUUAGUAUACAUCCUAUUGAUGGUAGUUUUCUUGUUUGGUUAGUGGAUUGGUUGGAUGAAUAUAGUCCAUAUUGCUUUCGGCAGGCACAAGUCAGCUUUUCUUCUCGUUUACCACAUGCUUUCCCUGUAGCUGAUGCUCGAACAAUGGCAACUAACUUGAUGUUAUAUUGUAAUUAUAGUAAAAUGGAUAUCAAAUCAGCAAUGAGGCUGACAGAGAGUAGGUUAAGUUCAGAGAAAAUCCCUUCUCAACCUGCACCAGCCUCAGGAAAAAGCUCUCCUGGACAGAAUGAUAAUAUGCUGAUUCCAAACGUUUUAAUGAUCUCAAAACAUUCAAAUGGAAGUCUUAACCAAUGGCAAAUUAGUUUUUCUGAUACUUCUAAAUUUUCUACUGUGGUUAGUGUGGCACAUGCCUCUAGAGCAUGUGGCCAUAGAUUUAGGACUAAUAACGCUGCAUGCCACCCUGUAUUACCAUUACUGUUGACAACAUCCCAUCACAAUGUUCCAAUCAAAGACAGUAGUGAGGAUUUAGAUACAACUGAGGAGGAGGAUAAGAAAGGGGGCAUUGAGUUUUGUAGUGAGUUAAUAUUGUGGAGAGUUGAUCCUGUUGGGCCAUUGUCAAAAUCAGGUGGCAUUGUUGAACUAGCCAGGAUUAAUGCCCCAGAUAUUUCUGCUUUUAUAGAUGUGGCCUGGGUGCCCACACUGCUUCCAAGCUCUACAUUAGGUACAUAUAGUAAUUCACCCAGUGCUUUGUUUGUGGCUUCAGAUGGAGCUUCAUUAAAGAUGUACCAAGCUGUGAUAGAUGCCAGAACCCUACUGUUAGAUUCACAAUCUACAAAACGGGAGCCAGGGAUGAGUUUCUCUAGUAAUACCAGCUCAGGUUACAGUAUAGAACCUCAGAGAGCCCCUGGAGAAAUGUUUAACAUCAUCAGUCUUCAAUCUUCAGCCAGACCAGGAUGUAUUAUUGAACUAGAACCUUUAGCUGAUGCAAAACAGAACUGGCAGAAAACCCAUCUUUUACAUGUCUUCCAAGAGCAGUUACUGACAGGAUCACCGAGUGGUUCUAUUGGUAACCUGGAAGCCAUUGUUGAUCUCAGUAAUUCGGGGAACUUCUCGGAGAAUUUUUAUUUGGUGGUUCUUCAAAAAGAUGAAGAAAAUCAUGGAUCAACACUUCAUAUGUGGAAAAUAACCAUUUCUUCUCAAUUAGAAUCACAAAAUAGUAUGGAAGCAGGUGAUCCCAAAAGGAGUUAUGUACCUGAUUAUAGUUAUGUGGAUGAUGAUGGUUCUAAUCCACCAUCCAGAAGUUCCACUCCUGAACACUUCACAUCCAAGCCCAUGGCUGUUGUCAAAUUGUGUUUCUCAACUGCAAAGGUGUACACAAAAAAGCUACCAUUACCAGAUGAUGUGGACAUUGUCUCUGCAGAAAUAGCAGCAGGGCACCUUAGUUCAGCUUCAAUUUACCCAGCAUGCUUAGCUCCAUAUCUCUUAGUAACAGCAUGUUCAGAUGGAACUCUUCGAUUUUGGAGGUGUGAUUUAACAACAAUAGAGCCAGUAUAUUCUGGACAAUCUUUGUCUCAUACCAGUCACAGUGAACUAAAUAUGAGUACUGUUAGCUUUGAAUAUACAAUGGAAGAAUUUUGUCUUUCCAAGAAACCCUCCAUUUCUACCUUCACAAGGUCAGAGGCUACUGAUAUCAGCUAUAAUUGGUGUGAAUGGAAAAUGAUGACACAAGCUGAUGAUUCCAGUGCAGUGUAUAUACCAGGUAAACCAAUAGCAGUAAGCUGUGCCUACAGUGGUAGAUUGGCUAUAGCCUAUAGAAUGGGAAGUGUCAAAACCAACACCGACAAGUCCAAAGGAAAAAUUGUCAACUUGUAUGUGGCAAUAUAUGAAUGUGAAUCCACAGGUGGAUCAGAAUGGCUUUUAGAAGAUACAAUAGAGCUUAAGAACAUUAGUGUUCCAGAAAAUAAUCCUGAAAUAGAUUUAAACUGCAUCUAUACUCCAAACAGUCCUCCUGCAACCACCCUUGAAGUUAAGGAAGAGGACCAGAAUAAAGGAAUGUCCCCUUCUGCUUCACUUGUCAAUAUGAAUCGGUUAACACAUGUUCCUAGCAUGAGUACUAUAUUCAGUGUUAAAAAGACAUUAUCCGCACAAUGUAAUAACCAUGGUAUCCUUCAACAGAAACAACUUGUACAGUUAGACUGGGUCUCAACUGAAGAUGGAUCACACAUACUCACAGUGGGGGUUGGUUCUAAAAUUCUCAUGUAUGGACAAGUGUCAAAUGAUAUAGUUCAAUCAUGUCAGAAAGCUAAACAGAGAGAAAAGAAACAAGAUGGUGGAGUUAAAUCUAGUCACGGUUUCAUGGAUGCCUCAUAUCGACGGCAGAACUUUGUAAAGUCCAAAUCUAUAAUGAUUACUAAUAUACACGAGGAUAUACAAUGGAUGAAAUUACGAUCAAUAGAACUUACAACAGCAGAUGGAUUACCUCCCCUGCCUAUGCAUUUGUCAUGGGUACGAGGAGGUAUUCUGGUUGUGGGCAUGGACAAUGAAAUGCAUGUGUAUUCCCAAUGGAGGAAUUCGGCUAAGAAUACUGAUGUAAGUGAAGCUGAUUUUGAUAAGAGGACACUUGAUGAUGCUAGUUUGACAGUUUAUAGUCUAAAUAGUUUGCAAUCCUCAAAAUCUGUUGCUAAGCUAAAGCCAUCUUAUUCCAUGCCAAGUUUUAAACAUCUUAACAAUCUGUCUCGUAAAAAUUCUGAUUCAAACUUAUCUAAAUUUAAUCUGAGUAAAUCUAAAAGUGAAAGUACAACUAGUCUCUCUGUGAUACAAGAAUUUGGUUUAUUUGAGGCAUAUCGUAUUGCUAAUCCUGUUUUACCACAAUACCAUCCUAAAUUACUUAUGGAACUAUUGAAUUCUGGGAAGACAAGACGAGUAAAAGCUAUUCUGUCUCAUCUAGUGCGCUGUAUUUCUGGUGGUGAUAUGUUAUGUUACCUUGAUUCGGAAGAGCAUGAUGAAAACCGUUUAACCAAACCGAGGACAGUUUCUGUCAGUGGUGGCAGUCCUGUAGAGGUACCAGUCAUUCAGGAAGAAACACAGUUAGACUACAAAGAGAUCUCGUCUAUCCCAGCUCUUCCUAUGUAUGCAUUGUUAGCUGCUGAUGAAGAUAACACUGUGGCCCAAGCUGAGAUGAUUAAUGCUCCUGCAACAAAUGUACCCAACCAAGAUUAUACUAAUUUGUUUGACACAAAUUUAAAUGAUGAAGAACUUAAUGUAGAUGUUUUUUCAACCAGUCCAGAGAAUGCUACCACGAGAAAAAGGAUUCCAUCAUCUUCACAAGGGUACCAGAAACCAACGUACUUUGGUGCUGGUCACUCACGAUUAUUAACCCAACACUUGACACAUACACAGUUACCAGGUCUGACAAGUUUGGACCAAAUGUACCUGUUAGCUCUGGCUGAUACUGUAGCUCAUACUAAAACAGACUUUGCUGACAGAUUCGAAGCUGAAAGUAAAUCAGAUCUGCAGACAGCUGGAACAGCAGAGAGUAUAGACGAUUGUGGCCUGAGAUUUCUUCUGGCUAUUAGACACCAUAUCUAUCUGAUUAGAACUCUACCACCAGUACAGAGAGCCAUGCUGCGUCAACAGGGACUUCGAUCAGCUAGUCUGGUUUGGGCAUACCAUUCAGAAUCAACAGAGGAGUUAUUGUCAUAUAUACCUAGUAUGCAGAAAGGAGAGCCAGUAUGGGCUGAACUGAAGGAAUUUGGAGCUGGUUGGUGGAUAAACAAUAUAAAUAUUUUGAAGAGAACUAUGGAAAAGGUAGCCAAAGCAGCAUUCCAAGCCAACAAGGAUCCUAUGGAUGCAGCUAUAUACUAUCUAGCCAUGAAGAAGAAAAGUGUCCUCUGGGGCUUAUAUAGGUCAUUGAGCAACAAGAAGAUGGUAGAAUUCUUCAAACAAGACUUUGAUCAGGACAGAUGGAGAAAAGCAGCAUUGAAAAAUGCAUUUGACCUACUUGGAAAACAAAGAUUUAGUCAUGCUGCUGCAUUCUUCUUGUUAGCUGGUUCUCUCAAUGAUGCCGUCGAGGUAUGCCUGAACAACAUGUAUGACAUCCAGUUAGCAUUAGUGAUUUGUCGAUUGAAUGGUGGGGAUGAUAUAUUACCAGACAGUGUUAAACAAAUUCUCUACACUCAGAUUCUCGGUUGUGAUAAAAAUGGUGAUAAUUAUGACGUUGAUAGAAUGCUUACUGAUCCAUUCCUCAGGAGCAUGUCAUUAUGGUCUAUGAAAGAUUUCAGAGGCUCACUAAACACUUUAUUACAAGAUGCAAGAAAACCAAGUAAACUUGUACGUAAUGCUGAUACAGAUAGUGUUAAUUCACUUCCUAGUGUGUUUAACUUUUACAAUUAUUUACGAACUCAUCCAUUACUGGUUAGACAGAGAAUGGCCAAUGCUGGAACUGAGAUGAGAAAAAAAAGUGUUAUUCCUGGAUUUACUCGACAACAGACUGUUGUCCUUGAUGACAGUUCUGUUGUUGUUGAUAAAGUAACUCCAUUAGAGAGACGUUUGUUUUUCACAACUGCUCAUACUCAUUAUAAAAAUGGCUGUCCAUUGCUAGCUCUAGAAGUCUUAUCAAAACUACCUCCAGUUAUAGAGAAUGCAUCCUCAAAAACCUUAAGGGAUUUUGCUCCAGUCUCUUCUUCUGCUGCCAUAGAAACAGGAACAAUAGACCCAUUUAUUCAAGAGAGUGAACCUAUUAAUAAAUCAGACAGUCUUGAUUGGGGUCAGCCUGUUACCAAUGGUUACAAGGAAACUAAGAGUAGUGUUGACUGGAGUACACCAAUAAGUAAAAAGGUUGAUAGUUCUGAUACUAUCGACUGGGGAGCACCUUCUCUCAAGUUUGACUUGGAGGAACCUAAAUUUAAUCUGAGUUUUAGUUCAGAAGAAUCUGAUUCAGAGUUAGAUUCUAAAGAACAGAAUGGGGAGGACAAAAUUAUAAAUGAUGUACCAUCUGUUGUGGUAGAGGAUAAGACUGAUUCUAAAGAUCAAGGGGUCAAAGGUCAUCAAAAGAUUGAUAUUUUUGCUCAACAGUAUGCUUUCAUUGCAUGUCUUAAAGUACUGAUGGAAGAAAUGCAGACUUUAGCCACUGGUUUUGAGGUGGAUGGUGGACAGUUGAGAUUUCAGUUGUACAUCUGGCUUGAAAAAGAAGUAGAAGUUCUACAGUUUCUUAGUAACUAUGGCAACAAAGAUAAAUCUGCCACUGAAAUUGUAUCACCUGUUACAUCAAAACCACCAGAGAGUCCUUCAGACUAUGGGUUUGAGGACCAGCCCUCACUAGAUAUACCAACCAGGCCAACAAGGUCUAUGUCUGUCAGAUCUGAUUCCUCAUACAAACCAACAUUGCAUGAGGUCAUCUUAGCAGAGAAGAUGGACUUCCAGUCCAAGUUAGAGAGAAUGGCAAACAGAAAACAGUGGUUAAAAACACACCAACAAUUGUUACGAACCCUUGCUAGUUAUUGUAUGUUACAAGGGGCUGGUGGAGGAGGAUUGGCCUCAGUUCAGAUGGAAUUACUGCUGCUAUUACAGGAAUUGCAACAAGAGAAAACACAACAGCAGUUGUUAUCUCCCUUGCCAUUCCCUACAACACUUCCUUUAUUGUCAGCAGCCAUUGCUAGUUCUAAAACUGUGAUAGCAGAUCCCAUACAGCACAUACAGUGUAUGACACAGGAUCUUCUGCAUUCCGUCAUAGAGAUAGUAGCUCCACCUGGUGCGGAUAGUGCAAUAAACACUAUAUUUACUAUGAGAAAUUUGAGUAUAGCAUUGUCAUCAUGUAUAUAUCAAUGUCUGUGUGAUUGUGAUAGUUUUGUUGUGUCGCUGAAGGAAAGUAAUGAUGCUAGUCUGGAAGGUUUUACUAGUCAUAAUUUUACCAGUAGUCAGGCAGGUCAUUUAAUGGCCGGAGUGCAGAAGUAUCGAAGACGAUCUAAUACAGGUGAUGAUAUCAUUAAUACCUCACCUGUAAAGUGGCCAGGUGUGACAUCUCUAAGAGUGCUGUUAGCCAGAGAAAAAGAUGAGGUAGCACCUAAGUUAAACAUCCUCCUAUGUGAGUCCAUGAUAGCUGUCUAUAUCAGCCUUCUAGUCAAUGCCCUGGCAGCAUAUGAUUGCCAUAUGUUGUACAGGCUGGUAGCACAUAGAUUCCACCAACAGUUAUGGGCAGCUUUGUUUGGGGGAGGAGUUAAAACAGCUCUAAAACUGUCGUCAGGGACACCAUUACCUCAGGAUGAUGAACUGUCAAGACAGAGACGGAGGUUACAUAAUAAAGUACUGGGUCCACAUGUGCCAACAAAGGAAAAGACAACAUUCAAAGAAACUUUUCUACCACCAGAACUCAGUAUGAUCACAUUCUUCAUGACAAAGCCAUUUACAACAGGAUCUGGUUAUGGAGAAUUUAACUAUGAUUCAGAAGAGUCUUUGUCAUCAGAAGAGGAAGAUUUUGACAAUGAUGACGAGGAAAAUGAAGAUGAUGAUACAUCAAUGAGACCUGAUACACUAAAUUUUUCAGCUGUGCAACAACAUACCGAUCCAAAUUCAUAUUCAUGGUGCUUAAUAAGAUAUACAAUUGUUAAAUUGGUGCUAAACAACCUGUUAUCAUUCCUUCCAGUGAUUGGUAUAGAAUUACCAGAAUUACCAGUGUGUUCACCAUUAAUGCAUGCUGUAUUUAAAACAUUAGAACAGUGGUUAGAAAUGCUGCUGAGUAAAUUAGACAUGUUUUCUGGUCCUCCAGAUGAGUUUUUGUCAUCCACUGCAUUAGACACAGUCCAGGGACAGCCACAUUCCAAGUACCAAGCUCUACUUAAUACCAACAAUACACCAUUUAUUGAUAAUAAUUCAACAUUAGCUAUUAAAAGGUUAUGGUUCCAUUUAAUAAGACAAGAAUGUUUGAAAGAAAUAUUUCUCAGAUAUGUGUUUGGUAAACGAAAAAUUCAGCACCAUGAUUCAAAAGGAGAACAAAGUCUACAAAGCGAUUCAUUAGACAGCAGAAUAAAAGAACCAAUGAAAAUAAUCCACAAAGAACAAGAUAUUAUAACAGCCUUUGCGAUCAAUCAGGGUCACAACAUGGAGAAUUUCAUCCAUUUUGAAAUAGAAGAUUUGAAAACAGCUAAUUCCAAUUGUCUAGCAUUAUCUACACAAAAAGAAAUCAUAGAGUUGGACGUUGGUCCAGUGAUUAACCCACCAGUCUGGUUAGAAGAUGAAAAUGAGAUGGAUAUUGAACAAUUUAAAAAUCCAGAUCAGGGUACAACUGGAGAGAUUGUAGACUUCUAUGUAGUCCAGACUCAUUCAGAUGGUCAGUCUCAAGGAAACUCAAGUCCUCAAACAGGAGCAUCAACUCCUACAUCGGGUGUUCAGUCAACCAUGACAGGGAGAUCAACAAACAUGGGUAAAAGUAUACACAUACCAGGGAUAACCAAUCCACAUUUCUCUCAAAAAAUUUUGGACCGAAGUCGUCGUCUGCUUAAAACGAUUCUGAGAAGACCUGUAGCAGGUGUACGAAGGAUAGGAUCUCAUCCAAAUCUACCUCACUAUCUAACAGGCAGUACAGAUGGGAGUGUUAGAUUGUAUGAAUGGGGUCAUAUUCAGCCAUUAGCCAUGCUUAGACAGCCAGGAACUUUCCCUAAAGUCACUAAAGUUAUGUUUAGCAGUCAAGGAAACAAGUGUUGUGUAAGUGACAGCGAAGGAGAUGUAUGCCUCUGGCAGGUUGGACUUGGAAGUAACUUUAACAAGCCAAUCAUGAGCUUGAAGUGCCACAACAAAACAACAAGUGAUGUGGCCUUUGUUGGAUCUUCCAGUUUGAUAGCCACUGGUGGCCACUCAUCUGAGAGUAGGAAUGUGUGUCUAUGGGAUACACUGUUACCACCAAGAAGUUCUUGUGUCCAUGCUUUCACUUGUCAUGAACAUGGCUGUCCUGCCCUUGUAUAUGCACCUCAUCACCAACUGCUGAUCAGUGGUGGAAGGAAAGGAGAGAUUUGUAUCUUUGAUAUUCGUCAACGACAGUUACGCCAUACAUUCCAGGCCCAUGAUGCAUCAAUAAGAUGUCUAGCAAUAGAUUUAGAAGAGGAUUACUUUGUGACAGGGUCAUCAGAGGGAGAUGUCAAAGUAAGUAAUCGAGGGGGUGGAGUUAGGUUUUAUCUUUGUGACAGGGUCAUCAGAGGGAGAUGUUAAAGUAAGUAACAAAGGGGUGGAGUUUGGUUUAACUUGUGACAGGGUCAUCAGAGGGAGAUGUCAAAGUAAGUAACCAAGGGGAUGGAGUUUGGUUUAACUUUGUGACAGGGUCAUCAGAGGUAGAUGUCAAAGUAAGUAACCAAGGGGGUGGAGUUUGGUUUAACUUUGUGACAGGGUCAUCAGAGGGAGAUGUCAAAGUAAGUAACCAAGGGGAUGGAGUUUGGUUUAACUUUGUGACAGGGUCAUCAGAGGGAGAUGUCAAAGUAAGUAACCAAGGGGAUGGAGUUUGGUUUAACUUUGUGACAGGGUCAUCAGAGGGAGAUGUCAAAGUAAGUAACCAAGGGGAUGGAGUUUGGUUUAACUUUGUGACAGGGUCAUCAGAGGUAGAUGUCAAAGUAAGUAACCAAGGGGGUGGAGUUUGGUUUAACUUUGUGACAGGGUCAUCAGAGGUAGAUGUCAAAGUAAGUAACCAAGGGGAUGGAGUUUGGUUUAACUUUGUGACAGGGUCAUCAGAGGGAGAUGUCAAAGUAAGUAACCAAGGGGGUGGAGUUUUGUUUAUCUUUGUGACAGGGUCAUCAGAGGGAGAUGUCAAAGUAAGUAACAAAGGGGUGGAGUUUGGUUUAACUUUGUGACAGGGUCAUCAGAGGUAGUUGUCAAAGUAAGUAACCAAGGGGUUGGAGUUUUGUUUAUCUUUGUGACAGGGUCACCAGAGGUAGAUGUCAAAGUAAGUAACCAAGGGGGUGGAGUUUUGUUUAUCUUUGUGACAGGGUCACCAGAGGGAGAUGUCAAAGUAAGUAACCAAGGGGGUGGAGUUUUGUUUAUCUUUGUGACAGGGUCACCAGAGGGAGAUGUCAAAAUUUGGGCAUUAGAUGCACAUCAAUUGAUUUUAUCAUUCCAAGGAGAACAUAGCAAAAGUACAUUCUUCAGAAACAUGGGGUCAGCAUCAGGAGUGACGCAGGUGGCUGUUAGUCCAGGACAUCAUCUCUUCUCAUGUGGUGUUGAUGGAUCAAUGAAGUUUAGAGCCCUUCCAGAAAGAGAUUCCAUUGUUAGAUAUUGGACAUCUUAGCAUAUAAUAGAUCACUGAUAUUCAGAGCUUUCUAGUCUUCAGUAUAUAUACUGAAUAUAUUUGCUUAUCUUCAUCAAACAAGACUUCAUAAUAAGAAAUAUGCAUUGUGGCAUAUCUUUAGAAGCUUCUCAAUUUUUCAGGCAUAAUACAAAUUAAAACUAUUUCUGACUUUCUUAUGGAAAUGACCCAAGGUUCGCACCUUUUUGACUUAACAUCACAAUUGUGUAAUUCAUAAUUUGAAAGACUAUCUGAAUAUUUAUUAGACCUAAAUGGUGUACAUGUAUAUUUAGAGCAUUUUGUAAUCAAAAACCAAACAUUGCUGUUUAAAUGUCCCAGUAAAAUAUUUAAAUUAUGAGAACAAUUAGAUGUCAAAGAUAAUACUUAUUGAUUGUGUGGCUCUUAGCAUCACCUAAGCAUAUGAUGGCAAUAGUGUCCUUGCAGACCAUAGGUGUUUUCCAAAAACAUAUAUUUACUCUGCCUUCUAGAGGAAGCCAGGGAUUGGUUUUGAAUGGUAGCCCGGAAAACAAAAAGUUUAUUAGUCCCCUAUCGACGAAGUCGAAGGGGACUUUAGGUUUGCACUCCAUCUGUCUGUCCGUCUGUUCAUCUGUCCGUCUGUCCAUCCGUCAGUCCGGUAAAUCAGCUUUCCACACUUUUUUUCUUCGUUCUUGAAGAUAUUGAUUUGAUAUGUGGUAUAUAGUUUUAUCAUGACAAGUUAUAGAUCAAGUUCGAAUUUUGUUUCGUUUUGAUGAUUUAGUCCAGAGUUAUGGACCAUAACUCUGGACCAUAUCUAAUGUAAGAGUACUAUGUUAAACCAUAUUUCUGUACAAAGGGAGAUAACUCAUUUUUUUAAAGACAUUCUCUGUUUAAUUACUUGAAGAAUUUUUUGGCAGGUUUGUUUGUUAUUUAUUAUAAACUAAUUUUCUGAAUGCUAUAUAUAUAAAACAAAAUUAUGAAGAGAAAUCCUUUAAUUAGAUAAUAAUCUAUUUUUAUUAAUGUAUAUAUUUCAAUACAUUACAUUGUGUAGAUAAAAGUUGUUGACAUUUUAUAGAUAAGUUACAAAUCUAUAUUAUUUGUGACAAAUGAAAGAAAAAAUAUUUGGAACUAUUAAUUAUAUUUGAUUAUAAUUUGAAAAUAGAUAUACACUGUAUUACAUCAUAUCUAAUUUUAGAGAACUAUUAAUCAUAUCUAAUGUUUUUUUCACUCAUAUAAUCAGUUUUCCACACUGUUUUUAGUCAUGCUUGAAGAUAUUGACAUGAUAUUUACUUUUUGUUUACACCAUGACAAGUUAUAGAACAAGUUAGCAUUUUGUUCCAGUAAAAUGAAUUUUUACCUGGUAGGGGACUAUGUAUUGCCAUGCAAUACUCUCAGAAUGCUUGUUGAAAAUACUCUGUACUGGUAUAUCUAUCUCCCAUUCUGUCCAUGAGUCAUGUUCCAAUGUCGUGAAAGAGAGAAGAUACUUCUUGAUGGUGAAUUAGAGGGUACCAGUUUUCAUUCAGGUUACUUCUAUUCUUUUAUAUUGACUCUCAAUAAGACAGGCCUAGGAUUUAAUGGACAAAUGUCACUGUUGUGAACGUUCAAAUUCAACUCUGACAGUAAAUACUAUAUAUAUCAUUUCUAAACUUCGCACAAUGAGGAAAAAACUAUAGGUGAUGUGAUUAUUAAUAUGUACUUAUUACUGUUACUGUUAUUAUUACGGAUUUGCUUGAUCUUUUGUUCUAUAAAUGUUAAAUAUAAUUUUAUGUAAAGGAUAAAAUCGAAAAUCUUUUGUUGGCAUUGUAACAAGUCCUUUUUAACAAUUGCGUGUGGAGAAAUCAAAGGUUUAAUAUAGCUGGAACCAUUACCCCACGGUACAGAAAGAGUAUAUAUAGCUAUUAUAAUGUCGAUAUUAUGAUAUACACGUAAUUAUGAUAACUAUUAUAUUUGUAUGUAUCAGAAAAUUUUGAAUUAAUGCAUUGUGUAUGUGUUGUCCUAUAUAGCUACUUUGAAACAUUUAAAAUAAAUUCUUCAACAAUGGUUAGAUGCAGUAUGGUUUCAAUAGAUCAGUUCUUCAAAUGAAUCAAUGAAAUUAAUUACAUUUCUGUCCUUCCCUACAUCAAUUCUUGCAUGAAUAAGCAGCUUUCCCAAAAACCUUGUAAAUAGAGCCAUGGUUUACAGGUUGGGAGUGGAAGAUAAAAUUGUACAGAAGUGUAAAUAUUGUUUUAAUUUAUUUCAUUGUCAUUUUAUGUAUGAAUGACUUAUGUUGUAUUAUUGUUUGAAAGGGUAACUUAGUACAUGAUAUUAAAUAUCAUUUUUUGAAUCUACUGUCUUUAGAAUGACUGUGUGAUAAUUUGUUCAAUAUAAAUCUUUUAAAUUCAAAAAAUUUUAAUUCAGAUUUGAAAUGUUUCCAAUAUAUUUAUAUUAUAUGUGUUUAUUGUCAAAUUCGUUGUGAGAAAAUUCUCAAAUUUCAUAUUUGUAUUAAUGAGUUACCCAUUCUUUACUUGCAUAUAUAACAGCAAAUUUAUUCUGAUGCAUUAACAAGUUACCCAUGCUGAACUAUAUAUAUCAGAAAGUUUAUUCUGAUACAUUAACAAGUUACCCAUUCUGAACUAUAUAUAUCAGCAGGUUUAUUCUGAUGCAUUAACAAGUUACCCAUGCUGAACUAUAUAUAUCAGCAGGUUUAUUCUGAUGCAUUAACAAGUUACCCAUGCUGAACUAUAUAUAUCAGCAGGUUUAUUCUGAUGCAUUAACAAGUUACCCAUGCUGAACUAUAUAUAACAGCAAGUUUAUCAUGUGGUCAUCAUAUAACUAGUAAUUUGUACUGAAAAAUAAACUUUAUUAAACAAGAAAGAGGGAUAACUAAAUAAAUACAUACGGUUUUGGUUAUUGCAUAAAUAUUGGUGCAUAUUGUCCUAAGUAAAGUAUUCUAUUUCAGUAAGUGACAAGUGCAGUCAAUUUUUGACCAGUGAUAUUAUUUACCAAAAUUCAUCCAAUAACCCUUUUAUUGUAUGGAAAAACUUUAAAAUGGCAUGAUGAUUACGAAGAUGUCAACUCUUAAUAUAAAAUGUGAUGUUUUACUGCAUGCAAUAACAGUGAUAAUUGCAGCCGAACUUAUGUUCUACAGGGAUUUAAGUUUGCUCUACAAUAAUAUCUCCAAAUCUAUAAAUGUAUCCAGUAUUUUGUGCAAAGCUAAAAGUAUUUCAUACCUCUAAAAUUAAAACCUGCUUUAUCGCUCUAGAUUUGAACAAUAGUUUCCAUAACCUUAGUCAUAAGAAAAUCCAACUUUAUAUCUACAUUUGUGAUAUCUGUUGUGUUGGUGAUAAACCUAUUUGUUAUGUCCAUGCUGUUCUUACAUAGCUGUUUUUCCAUGCUAUCAUAUAGCUCUCCAUAAGGUUAUUACAUAGCUGUUUUUCCAUGCUAUCAUAUAGCUCUCCAUAAGGUUAUUACAUAGCUGUAUAUUCAUACUGUUAUAUAUUAGAUUUGUUUUGUUUUGUCCUUGCUGUUAUUGUGUAUCUGUGUUAGAUUUUAAAAGGAAUUCCAUAACUUAUAGAAAUAAUUGAUUUAUCUUGAUGGAUUAGUGCACAAAUAUAUGUAGUGAUAUUUUAUUGAAUGUGUAUGAAUAUAAUUUAAUUUAAUUUAAAAUUCAGCAAUAAAAUGAAAACUUGA